AUCAUGUGAUCGGUUUUAUCAUGUGAUCAAAAGAUAUGGCUCGUCAGCCUUAAGAUUAUUGUAUUGUUAAUUGAUCACGUGUUAAAAAACACCUCAUGAGAUAAAUCGUCUUAUAAAUUUUGUACACCAUAUAACUUUAUUUCAAUUCUUUGUGAAGGAUAACGCCAUGCAAAAGCUUUUAGAAGUCAUAUCCAUAUGUGCCUUAAUUGGCUUGGUCUCGGGUAGCAGAUUCAGUCUGGGAGUUGGCAAAUCUAUGGAUUAUUCUCUUUCUGUCGGACAGAAACAAUGGUUAAUCAGCAAUAAUACUUGGGUUGUUUACAAGCAUCGAUUAUAUCAAACAAGCGAUCAUAGCCUUGAACUAAUAGAUCGUUUGACAAAGCGAGGGGAAGACGCACUAGGAUCCUUUACAUCAUUCAUUUAUGUAUUUAAACCAAAAGGACAUGAUGUUAUUUACAUAAAUAUUAUCAAUUCCUACGAGGGUGAACGUCCCUUUGUCCUCUUUGGUCAAUAUUUUGAAAAUGAGUUCUUAGGAACUGAUUUAAAUGGCAAAGAUGGUGUUGCAAGUGGUUUUCCAACAUUUAACGUUCAAAAAUCGGCAAAUUUGGGAUUUUUAGCGAUGGGAGGUAUCAUGUUCGGAGAUAUAAAUAAAAAACUGGGUACUUGGGGAACGUCUGAUACAAAGGAUAUAAGUUCAGGUCUCGAUUCUGGCCCAUUAGUUUUAUUUAGAGAAGACUCCGACGAUGCAAUGAUAUUAACUCGAUUUAAUGGUUUUAUGGACACAUCGGCACAUUAUAAUUUAGAUAACACAGGGCAGGGCUCUGUCUCAUGGGGAGUAAUGGGGGGAGUAAAAAAGAUCCCCAAAGAUUAUACGUGUUGGUUCAUCGCUUAUCAUUCAGAGCAUGGAAUAAAAGAAGCCAUAGAAGGAUGGGGCGAUAUCAUGCGUAUGAAAUAUAAGAAAACACCAGCAUAUAGAGAAAGUGACUUGACAAACAACUAUAUAGGCUAUUGGACGGAUAAUGGCGCUUAUUACUAUUAUAAAACAGAAGAUGGAAAGAAUUAUCAACAAACUAUGCUUGAUAUUAAGAAAUACGCUGAUGAUAUGAAAAUACCAUACAGGUAUAUUCAAUACGAUUCCUGGUUUUAUAAGAAGGGACCAAACAGAGGAGGUGUGAUUGAGUGGUAUAAUACACCUGACAUCUAUCCAAAUGGUAUGCAAUAUAUCUUUAAUCAGACCACCUGGACAGUUUCGGCUCAUAAUAGAUGGUGGUCAUCAAAGACGGUCUAUGCUAAAGAGAACGGCGGAAAAUACAACUUCCAUCUGGAGCCUUAUCACGAUCUCGCUAUACCUCUUGAUCAACAAUUCUGGACAGAUUUGUUUUCAUUCUCAAAAACUUGGGGCCUAACUGUCUAUGAACAAGACUGGUUAAAUAAAGAAUUUAACACCUUAAAUAUUACAACAGAGAAUGUUCGUGUUGGUGAAACAUGGUUAAAACAAAUGGGAAAAGGCGCUAGAGAGGCCGGUGUAAAUAUUCAAUACUGCAUGAGCCCUUCUAGAGUGGCUUUACAAGGAGUUGAAAUACCAGUAGUUACUCAAGCCAGAGCUAGUAAUGAUUACCUCUCUACACCUGAUCAGUGGAGAAUAGGAAUUUCCUCUCAUAUCGCUGAUGCUGUCGGUAUUGCACCUUUUAAAGAUAAUUUCUGGACUGCUUCCGUUCAGCCUGGAAAUCCUUACGAUAAAACCGAACCUCACCCGGCCUUACAAUCAAUUGUAGCUACCCUUAGCACUGGACCAGUUGGACCAUCUGAUAAAAUCGGACUAUCAAAUGUAUCGCUUAUCAUGAGAACCUGUAAUGCAGAUGGUUUAAUAUUAAAACCAAGUUUUCCUGCCAAAGCUAUAGAUUUACAGAUAAAAAAAGCAGCCUUUAAAGGAUGGGGCAAAGAAGAGAUAUGGACUACUCAGUCUAUCAUUUCAGGUCAUCGUUUUGGAAUUAUCUUAGGAGCGGGACUACAGCAUACAUAUACAAUCAAUUCUAAAUCUGCUAAACUUGAAAAAUUGCCAUUAAGCGUUUUAUAUAAAUACAAUAGUGAUAGGAUUGAGAAGUUUGGUUCUACCGAAUCAUUAACACUUGAUAACAAUUGUACACUAGAAAACUUUUGCUUAUACUAUACGAGUCCUAUUAUCCAGGAUGGAUCGAAUACGUUGGCUAUCCUUGGAGAAUUAAAUAAAUGGGUUCCCAUUUCUCCGAAAAGACUACGAGAGAUCGCGUUUGUUGGAAGUAUUCCUUACCUAAUCAUAGAAGGGGCUGUUGGAGAGAAAGUUACAUAUUCAUUCUUAAUAAACAAUAAACUAAUUUCAUUGGACUGCGUAAUACCACCCAAUUUUUGCGGGGCUGGACAAUUGAAAGUGCAAAUAUCUAUUGACGGUAGCUAUUCUAUUAAUAUUGGUAAAGAUGUGUGGUUGAGGAGUUCCCCAACUGAAGUUGCUUUCAAUGGACAAAUGCAUAGCGUGGAAAAUGGCCGUUUGAGCACACCCGAUGUCCGAACAUCAUUUGGGAAAGAUAGUUUGGGUCGUUACACUAUUGAUAUAUUUAGCUAUCGCAUAAAAGAUCAUCAAUUAUACUAUAAAGUUUUUAUUAAAUCAUAUACGCAAUCAUCCUUUUACUUGUUCGGCCAAAAAUUUCAUGGCGAUUUUUACGGAUGCAAUGUUAAGGGUAAAAACAGUGUGGCCUCGGCUUUUCCCUCAUUUCGGGUGGAUUUAAAUAAUACCCUAGGAUUUCUAGCAAUGGGAGGAAUAAUGGUUGGUGACACCGAUAAGCAACUGGGAAAAUGGGGAACAAUUGAUAUGCAUAGAAUAAACUCAGGUUUAGAUUCCGGUCCAUUGGUUUUAUUUAAACAAAAUAAAGAUGAUGCUUUAAUAAUUAGUCCUUUCAGCAAUUUCAUGGACGUAUCAGCUUAUUACGACUUGGACGAAAAAGGUCAAGGAAAAGUUUCUUGGGGACUUAUGGGCAGCAUACAGAAAAUACCAAGUGAUUAUGAAACAUCAUUUAUUAUCUGCUAUAAUGAGAGUGGUAUUAAAGAAACAAUUGAAAAAUGGGGUAGCACGCUUAGAAAAUAUUAUAAUAAAGACUAUAGCUAUAUGAAAAGUGAUUUUGUAAACAAUUAUAUAGGCUAUUGGACUGACAAUGGUGGUUAUUAUUAUUAUAAAACGGAGAAAGACAAGAAUUACGAGAAAACAGUCCUUGACGUUCAAAAAUAUGCUAAUGAAAUGCAAAUACCCUAUAGAUAUGUUCAAUAUGACUCUUGGUGGUAUCAUCAAGCGCCUUUCCGUCAAGGAGUCACCGAAUGGACAAGCAAAUCUGAUGUUUUCCCAGAUGGACUCGUAGGCAUGUUCAAUAAAACAGGUUGGACAGUGCUAGCUCAUAAUCGUUGGUGGUCUCCAAAGACAAAUUAUGCCAAACAAAAUGGAGGAAAUUAUGAUUUCCGUUUAGAAUACGAUACUAAUUUAGCGUUGCCUCUUGAGGAGAGGUUUUGGACAGAUUUAAUGAUAGAAGCCAAGAAAUGGGGCUUAAGGGUUUACGAACAAGACUGGUUGAAUAAACAAUUUGAUGAGAUGCAUUUCACAACUCGUAACGUAGGAAUCGCUAGGAAGUGGCUAUUACAAAUGGGACGAGGGGCAAAUAAGGCUGGCAUUAACAUUCAAUAUUGCAUGAGUCCUUCUCGAGCGGCCUUGCAAAGUAUAGAGAUUCCAGUUGUUUCCCAGAUCCGAGUAAGUCAAGAUUAUCUAUUAGAUUCGGAACAAUGGAGAAUUGGAAUAUCAUCUCAUUUUGCUUAUGCUUUAGCUUUAGCCCCAUUUAAAGAUAACUUUUGGACAACUUCAAUCCAAUCAGAAAAUCCUUAUCAUAAAGAAGAGCCUUAUCCAGCCUUAGAAUCUGUCGUAGCGACAAUAAGCACUGGACCGGUGGGACCUUCAGAUAAAAUCGGAUUAUCAAAUGUCACUUUAAUAAUGAAAAGCUGUAACAAUGAUGGAUUAAUUUUAAAGCCUAGUGUUCCGGCCAGAUCCAUUGACCUAAUAAUUAAGCACACUGCAUUUGAAGGUGCAAUCGGAGAAGAAAUCUGGACGGCACAUUCGACAAUAUCUAAUUUCAUAUUCGGAAUUAUUUUAGCGGCAGACUUGAAAGAGAUGUAUUUAUUGGAUCCACAAGCUUGUAAAUUUGGCAAAAAAUUUCCGGAUAGCAUCGUUUAUCAGUACAAUAGUAAGUUAAUUGGAAGAUUUGGCUCAACAACGUCUAUUGUUGUAGAUAAUUCCUGUACCCGCAAAACUUUUUGCCUCUUAUAUACAUCCCCAAUUUUUGAAUUAAGAGAUUCAAGGGUUUCCCUGCUAGGAGAGUUAUCUAAAUGGGUUCCUAUAUCUCCUCAGAGAAUAGAACGAAUAGAGCAAACGGAGAAUGAUAUCCUUUUAAGCAUAAAAGGAGCGUAUAACGAAUUGAUCAAUUUUACUGCCAUGGAGAAUGACAAAACGUUUGUUAUAACUUGUAAAUUAAAUGAGAGUUUAAAAGCGAUAAUUAGUAUUAGACGACGACUUUGUUUAUACUAG